CUUAUUUUUGCUAAACCAGUGUGACAUCUUUAAUUCAUCGUAAAAUUACUUAUCACGCACUGGUUAAUUAGCCAUGUCUUCAUCUGAUCUGUUAGCACACUAGCAAUUAGCCACCAUUGCCACUGGGAGUUGGUGGCACUCGUUACCGGAAGUGUUCAAUCAGCCGAAAGCAAAGCUGCACGAAAAUACUUUGUAAAUCAUGCAGGGUUCCAUGCGUUGAGUGUUUCAAGACUAAUUUUUUAAAUAAGAGGAAUUCCUCUGGCUUCUUAGGUCAUGAUAACGGUGUUCGUCUAUCUGAAGGCUGUAAAUCGAAGCGCUGGCUAGCUAGUGACCUAGUAGACAUAGUAUUACAUACACAUCCGAACAGGAAUUGAAUUAACAUCUUAUAAUUUCCACGUCCAGUGUUUGGAAUCUAAUUAUGUUUAUCCCGCAUUACCAUCGCCAGUCUAUGUUUUAGUAACAGCGUUUUGACACCUUGUGUCAAUCAAAUGCCUCAAUGCAGAUGCUUAAAAUGGGAAAGAAUAGAUGGAAGGGCUCUUAUCGGCUACGUCAUGUUAUAUGCGCAACGUCUUGCACCAUUUAGGACUACCUAGACUCUGUGCUCAUGUACUAGUGUCAAACUUUAUAGUAAGUUGUUGUGUCUACUACAACUGUCAGCUGCCUUGUUACUUGAUCAGUGUGGGGUUAGAGAGGAAGACUGCAGGGCCUCCCCUUCUUAUAAGUGGGAUGGUGAUGGAAUGUCCGUUACCCUUGACUCUAGAAGCCAUGCCAGAAAGAGAAAUGUAGCACUUUAAGAGGAGAAUGAUUGGUAUGGGCAAAUAGUGAGGAGUUUAGUUUACUUCCUGUAAAUGCAAACCACUGUGGGCUGGCCAAGCAUUGGAUUUGCCAUACGAUUUAACCUGGACAAAAUUGGUCUAAUUCUUCCUCUAGAAACCUGAGGGCAGCUAAAGAUAUGCAGAACUACCGACAUGGGUAUCCAAACAUUAAUGAUGAUGAAUGCCCAGAAGAAAGGAUGACAAAUUUGAAAUUCUAUCUAAAUGAAAUCUCCUCUUCUCCUGACGAUGUGUCAAUAGAAAUGUUUCAUAAAGAAUGGAGGACGGACUACAAGAGACUGGAAAGGGUGCAUUCCUAUAUUCAGUGGCUGUUUCCGUUGCGUGAACCAGGGGUUAAUUAUAUGGCGUCAGAACUCACAAAGAAGGAAAUACAGGCGUUCAGGGAGAGCGAGGAAGCCAGGGCCAGGCUGGUGGAGUCGUACGAGCUCAUGCUUGGCUUCUACGGCAUCCAGCUGACAAACAAGAAUACAGGGGAGGUCAAACGCGCUGACAACUGGAGAGAGAGAUUUGCCAACCUUGAGCGGAAUAUGCACAACAACUUGCGCAUUACCCGCAUCCUGAAGAGCCUCGGAGAGCUGGGAUUCGAGCACUACCAACCCCAUCUUGUUCGCUUCUUCCUGGAGGAGACUUUGGUGAGGAAGAACUUGAGCAGUGUCAAGCGGAGUGUCCUCGACUACUUUGUGUUUGCUGUCCGGGAUAAGCGCGAGCGCAAGAGGCUCAUUCGCUAUGCCUACCAGCAUUACGAGCCGAAAGACAAGUUUGUUUGGUGUCCCAGAAAGGUCCAGAAGCUCUUCAAGAAGAAGUCUGAGAAGCGGCAAGAGUUGGCUGCAGGAAAUGGGGAGAGUGCGGUUGCAGACGAAGGACGUUCGAGAGGGAAAGUGAAGGACACAGAGCUGGGCAGGGAAGGGAAGCAGAUGGACAACGCGUCGGACACACAGAGUCAAAUGGAAGAGGACAAUUCGAUGAGUGUGGAUGCAGAGAGACCUUUGGAAGGGUCUCUGGGCGAGUCUGUUCCUGACAAGUCAUUGUCGGGGAAUCCUCUCCCCAAUGGCACGAAGAGCAACAGCGAGAAUGGCGAGAUGGAGCAGUCCAGCUCCUCUGAUGCUAGUCCUGCAAAGGACAAGGAAAGCAAAGACGACAAACUCAAAGACAGCGGUCAGCUGAAGGAGACGCCCAAAGAGCCUAGCAAGAGCAAGCUCGACUCUCAGGAGAUGGCUGCGUCAGAGCCUGAGCUUGAGAAGCCACUGAAGAAGAAAAGGGAGAGCGACACAGUGCCAUCUGGCAAUGGGGUCACACAAGAACCGCCAAGCAGUCCCCACCAGAGCAAAGGCCCCUCUGAGCCCGCAGACGGUCAGCCCAACCAGGGCACCCAGUGUUUAGGGGAGGCAUCACCUGCCAAACGCGUCGGGAGGACUGUGGACGAACGAGCUGAAAAGCAACCCAGGACAGACUUUAGCAGUACAACUGAUGCAACAGACAAUGGGGAAACGACCUCAAUAGCGAGUGUUGCGCCUGCGACGCACACAUCUGACAAGGAGCCAGAAGCCAACCAUCAAACAAAUGGAGCUGAUGUACGGAACAGUGAGGAGCCGAUGGACGUUGAGGUGAGCGGGACUGCUGACCUGCAGAGCUCAUGAGCGCUACUGAGGCUAACAGAGGACUCCAUAUGUACUGUAUGCUUAUGAGUUUACCUGGAUGGACUGCUAUUCUCAUGAAUUUAAAGAGAAGGCCUGCAGUGUUUUUUUCCCGGUCUUAUUUAUUAAUAGACUGCAUUGUAGUUGAACUGCUACAUGUUAAUGUAUUUUGUUUCUUAAUGUUCCACAAGCAAUGGAUGAACUUCAUUGUCAUUUUUUUUUUUCUGUUUAAAAAAAUAAGCUGUGGAUAAUGCACCAAAUUUACAGGAUGUUAUGUUUUUUUUUUCUUGCUGUAUUUGGUGACCUCUGUUGAUUCUACCUUUUGGACUUUAUGGAAAAGUUCUCUUUAAAUCGGAAGGCAGUGCAUACCUUAAUACCAUGAAGAUGGCUGUGGUACAAGACGACAUGUUUUCUCUUUUGGACUAGUGGUAGACUCCCCAUGGGAGAGUCAGUGACCCCUCACUAAGCACUUCUUUCAAGUCAGUAGUGCUUAAUGAUGCAUUUCCUCCAAACAGUUCAAGUCUAAAGAAAGGGACAGGAGUCUGUCCAUGCCUGGGCAGUCAACUGUGAAGAAAUAUGCCAUUUUAGGGAAGUGUAGAUACUGAAGGCCAAGUUCAGCACAAUGUGUUUUAACAUUUCUUUGUCUCACCAUGGAACCAAUUGGCAUUGAGUUCUUUUGGUCUGUAAAGGUAUAAUGAAAUUGCUGUAAAGAUAACUUAAUCUUACUAAACCCAUCUCUGUAGAUAAUUCUGUAAGAUAAUACAAUGAAUUGUAUUUUGAUGGUUUUGUUUGAAUAGAGUUGCACAACUUGAAAUUGAUUUUGGUACUGAGGUUGUACAAAUGGAGACAGCCAUGCCAAAAUUAGAGACUCAUUGAUUGUAUUGAGAGUACACAGUAUUGAGUGAGGGGUGAUCUCUCAAUCAAGGAUCAAUUAUAGUCAAGAGUGGAUCUUUUGAGUUAUUGAUGGAGUCAGGGCUCUUUAGCAGCCUGACAUAUACUUGAUCCUUUUGAAAGAGACCACCUCAAGCUUUAUAGAUCAGAAAUAUAUUAUUGAACAACUUGUUGCAUUGUGAUUCAACAUUUUGCUUAUAAAAUAAGGGGAGUUGGGGUUGGUAUUUAAUUAAAUAAUUUUGUAUAAUUGUUCUCAGCAUUACUUUUUUUUUUUUACUUUCAAUGUCACGUUAAUAUGUUGAUAGCCAUUAGCCAAAGUGAAAUCCCUACUGACUUUAGCUCGUUCUCAGGAACGAAUGAAUAACUUCUUAACUUUUGCCAUUGUUGUAUUUUUGUUGUUUUCCACGCAGUUCAUAGAUUUACCUUGAAAGGAAUGAAGUCACAAUGAUGCUUCUGCAUAACGUGAAGUCCGGUGUCUCCAGUAAGAGUUUGGGGGAUGGGGGAUUCCUGUGCACAGCUCCUGUUUCAAAAUCGGAAAAAUGUUCUACGACAAACAAUAAAGAGUGUGCCAACAGUU